CGGUUCUAUCCCCCCCGACUCUAAUACUAAUUGAUGCAUUAUAGUUGGGUUUCUAAAAACUACGAAAGAGAAAGCUAAUUCAAGGUUCCAAUCUUCUUCUUUAUUAUCACUAACCAAUGUAAUAUAUAGAGUUACGUCAACGAAAUAACUUGCGGAAAAGGAAUAACAAUCCAACACAUAAAAGGAAUGGGAAACCAACUUCCCUACAACAACGAAAACAUACCGCUACUCAAUCAUGCAUCAAUCCACGAACCGCGGAUUGGGCUUCGGUACUCGACGCGAUCGUCGCGGCCCAUGAACCAUCUCGUCCAUUUUGUCGGGUGGAUCUUCGGAUGGCUCCUCCUCGGCCUGCUCCGUAUCAUUAAUCUCUCUUUUUUUAUGUGGUUGGAGGGCUAAUGGGUUCAUUACCUAUAUUCUCACUUUUAAAACUCAAGUUUGGAGUUCGCUAAGGAGUAAGAAGUGCUAAAAUGUAUAAGGGCCAAACUUUAUCUAUUUGUCAUAAAUAAUUGUAGAUAUUUUUUCAUUGAAGAAUCAUAUAUUUUUUAUAGGUAGUAAUAAUUAAUAGAAUAAUAUUUAGUUUAAUUUUUUAUAUAUAUUUUUCCAUCAAAACUGACGUGAUAACACAAUAACUAGUUCAAAUAGUGCAUUACAAGUGUUGUGACAAUGAUUCUGCCUUCUCACUAAGUGGUUAGGCUCUGGACCCUGCGUAACAAUCCUAAAAAUCAAGGUUGUCAAAACGGUUAUACAGUCAUGCGGGUUUGGCAAGUGGUAUAGGUCCAUCCGGUGGCACAACCGAUUUAUCCAGUUUGUGCAAGUUUAAGCAAAACAUGUAGGGAAGCAGAAAAUCAUUAACACUAAUGGGUCAUUUGGAUGAGGUAAUUCGAUGAAUUAUUUCAUUCGAAAUAACUCGUUUGGCAAAAUUAAAAUGGAAUGUGGUAUUUUGCUCACGAUCCAAUUGAAAUAAGUCAUUGUGAGCUAUUUGAAAUACCUACCCACCCCCUACUUAUUUCAAAUAACUCAUCUCUCAAUUUCUUUUCUUCACUUCAUCCCUUAUUUAAGUGGUGAAAUACCAGAAUAUUUGAAUGUUUUCCGUCAAAACUGACGUGAUAACACAAUAACUAGUUUAGAUAGUGCAUCACAAAUGUUGUGAGAAUGAGUUCUGCCUACUCACUAAGUGGUUAGGCUCAGGACCCUGCGUAACAAUCCUAAAAAUCACGGUUGUCAAAACGGUUAUACAGUCAUGCGGGUUUGGCAAGUGGUAUAGGUCUGUCCGAUGGCACAACCGAUUUAUCCAGUUUGUGCAAGUUUAAGCAAACAUGUAGGGAAGCAGAAAAUCAUUAACACUAACGGGUCAUUUGGAUGAGGUAAUUCGAUGAAUUAUUUCAUCCGAAAUAACUCGUUUGGCAAAAUUAAAUUGGAAUGUGGUAUUUUGCUCACGAUCCAAUUGAAAUAAGUCAUUGUGAGCUAUUUGAAAUACCUACCCACACUCUACUUAUUUCAAAGGGUUAAUAUUUCUGUAUGGCCUGAACUUUGACCAAAAUAAACAUCCUGGCCAAUCUUUUCGAUCUAUAACAUCUUGGCCCGAACUAUACAUCAAAAUAAACAAUUUGGCCAGAUUCAACUUGUGACCGGUAACUUGGACGGUCAAACGCGUUGACUAACGGUCAACCCGCCAUGUCACUGCCAACCGUUAGUCAACGCGUUUGACCGUCCAAGUCAACGUCCAAAAGUCAGAUCUGGCCAAAUUGUUUAUUUUGAUGUGUAGUUCAGGUCAGGAUGUUAUAUAUCGAAAAGAUUGGCCAAGAUGUUUAUUUUGGUCAAAGUUCACGCCACAUAGAAAUAUUAACCCUAUUUUAAAGGGUUAAUUACAAGGUUGGUCACUGGGAUUACUAAAAAAGUUCAUGUUUAGUCACUGAAAAUAUUUAAUUCCAUUCAUGAUCACUAGGAUUAGUUAAACAUUCCAAGUUUGGUCACUCAGUCUCCGUCACUCCGUUAACACCGUCAGUUUUUUGCUGACGUGGCUAACAGAAGUGCCAAAUCAGUCAAUAUUAACCCCAAAAAUUUGAAACCCGACUCACCACGUCAUUAAACCAACCCAACUUAACCCAACCAAUGAUCCGAACUGACCCUUCACCUUCUUCCUCUUCUUUUCGGUGGCGGCAGGAAGUGCAGGCAGCCUUCAAUACAACCGUAAAAGCAGGAACAACUUCCACAAAGAACAAGAAGUGGAAACAAGAUUAGAGAGACCCAUUAAUCCUAACCAGUAAACAAAUCUGGCAAAAUUAGAGGAAAAAAGAGUUGAGUUGCGUAGGGAAAAGCAUACCGUUCGUUGAUGGCUUGGUCUUGACAUUGAAAUUCAUUGUCGCUUCCUCCUCUGCCUCCAAAUUGGAAUAUGGAAUUCUAAACUGGAAUAUUGAAUUGGAAUUGGGGUUCUAGAGUGGCAUAAGAAGCAGAUGAUAGAAGCAGAUGAUGGCUGGUGUUGUCGCCAUUGACGCGCCAGAUCUCUGCGAGGAGAUUAUCAAGAAGGCAUGCCCCUCCAAACGUCCUUCGUUCUUCGAGCCGUCGCCGCGAAAGCCACCUCUCCUGCGAGGUCUUCUUCUUUCCCGCUCAACCAAAGUGAGGAAGCACGAACUGGGCUUCGCUCUCCCCUCCAAUUCGUCAGAUCCAAAUCCAUCGGCUGCCUGUAAACUUCCCACCUCGAACGGCGUCGAACCACCAUCAGUGAUUCCCUCCUCUUUGUCUUCCCUACUCUCCCCCUUGUCACAUUUUCAAAUGCAAGCAGUCGGAAUUGCAGCACCCACCGUCCUUCCACUCUACAUAUGCUAUGUAGGCAUCAUCGUCCGAUCUGGAUUCGACGUGGGGUGAAGAUGAACGCUAGGAGCUGCUAUGCCAGCUCGAUGAGCGCCGCGAAUGAUUUAUGCAUCUUCCUCCUACAUGUGCCAUUGAAGAGAGAUUGUGGUGGGUUCAUUGAUCUAGGUCGGGCGUGAGAUGGUGGUGGGCAGGGAAGAGGUUUAGGUCGGAGCCAGAUUUUCUAGAGAAGAACGAGAGGUUGGGUUUUUAUUCAUUGUUGGUGGUUUAAUGGCGUGGGUUUGAUGGGUUACGGUGGUUUAAUUGAUGGGUUUAAUUUGCAGGUUGUGUCUUGCCAAUAUAAUGACGUGGUGGUU